AAAUCUAACACCUCUUUUCCCACUCGCAGGCUGAGCGUUUCCCCCAUACUUGACGUCACUUCCGUUUUUUCACAUGCUGCUGAUUUCAAACGCAAACACAGACUCUUAACUUCAGUCGCAAUCUCAGCCUUUCCUCAAGUCACAUCAACCUAAUCAUGCCCCGGUCCAAGAAGUAUUUUCUGUUGUUUUGGGGGCUUCUGGAAACAUGGGUUUUCAGCGGGAGCAUUUUGGGGUGGUCGGCACUGCACUAUAUGCUGAAGCAAGAAGGUGUGUACGGACACUUGUGCAGACCUAUAGAGGUACCCUCAUUAAAUGUUUCGUCGGCAUCUUUGACAGCCCCUGCUCUGACCCCUGUUGAAGAGAUGGAAGAGGCUGUUUUACCCUCUGUGCAGAUCCGUCUGGCACACGAAGUGGGCUGCGUUGCUCAGGACAAAGUUUUAAACCUGGCUUAUACGAUAGGCAUCUUCUGCGUGGGUUUUAGUGCCUUUAUCUGGGGAUUCCUUAUCGACAGACUAGGACUACGAAUUAUUAGACUGUUACUCAACUGUCUAAUUACAACGGGAACUAUUCUUCUUUCUGUAACAACCAAAGAAACAUCUUACCUUGUAUUUCCUGCUUUAACUUUGAUGUGUCUUGCUGGUGUUCCUCUUCGGUUGGCAAAUAUGCAGAUAGCAAAUCUGUUUCCUGCCCGAAGGUCAACAGUGAUAACCCUAUACAGUGGAGCAUUUACUGCGUCAGCGUCUAUAUUUAUAUUCACAAAGUACGGUUAUGAUGCGGGUAUGGACUGGGAAUGGGUCUGCUACGUCUUGGUGGCUUUCAGUGUCAGCAUGCUUCCUAUCACCCUGUUCUGUCUCCCUGUGGAUCGGAUACGGGAUGAUAGUGAGAAAAGUCGAGAAUCCAUCUUCAAGAGGGUCGGAGAUAUCGCCGUCAUAACGACGGGGCAAGUUGGAAAAUUCAAUGCCAUUCCGGUUUCGCCAUUGAGUGUAAAGAAAACAUUUGAAGGAUUAGAACCAGUACCUCAAAUGAAGGUCAUGCAGAACAAUAACGAAAAAGACUUGUCGUCAGCAUUGAGCGAGGAGCAGCUUCCCUUCAAAACAGCUCUUACGUCAUUCUCCUUCUCUCUACAUCAAUAUUGGUUUUCUUGGCUACUACUGGCAACUCUCAAUUAUUCUGGCUCCCUUCAUCUUUGGAUGGAAAGAAUAAGUUCGGAUGUACAUAUUGUGAGUUUAUAUACACAGAUAUAUGGACUUUGCCAAGUUUCAUCCCUUAUUUUAGCACCCAUAGCAGGCAUUGUGAUGGACAGAACGUUGAAUUCGGCUUCACAAGAACCUGAUUUUAAUAAAAGAAAAUUGAUUAAACUUCGAUCAGGAUUCUGGCCAAUGCUGUUUACAACUAUAGCCCAAGCCAUUGUGCAGUUUUGCAAAUUCUUUGAGAAUGAUACAUCUGUUUAUAUUUCUAUAGCGUUCACUACCAUUCUGAGAUCUUUCCAUGUAGCAGUAGCCACAGCAUAUUUGAGGAUAAGAUUUCCAGCUAGUCAUUUUAACAGACUGCUAGGAAUCAUGAGUACAACAGCUGCAGUCGGCUCCCUACUGCAGUUCCCACUCUAUGUUUGGGAGUCCAGGUCUACCGAGGAUGUUUUCCAGGUGAACCUGUUUAAUUGCAUAGCACUGAUGCUCUGCUUUGUUCAUCCUUUGCAUCUUCUCAUCACACCCUUACAGAAGAAGUUUAUAAGGAAGGAACGAGAAAUAAUCCUCGAGGCCAAAACCAACUCCUAGUCCCUGAAACAAAAGUUCCCGGAACAAAAAAACUAUCCCACUGCCUGCACGCACCUUUUCUAAUGUUUAGGUGUGUUGUUGCGGAGGUGCAUGUACUAAGCGGUUCUAUACUUCUGGUAGAAUCUAAAGUAAAAUGAAUGAAGGUGCCAAAAGUGAACUGUUAUUUCAAAACUCCCAGAAAAAGAAUCCUUACUUAUGAAGAAAAUUCAACUGCAUUUCAUUGACGGUGACUUGUGGAAAGUUGAGAUAUGAUUCCUAUUCUACAUCUCGAACUAUUUAUAUAAUCCUCUUUGAAAGAUUGUAAAGAGAAAGGUUUUAGAUGUCCUUUUGGCAUUGCUAUUAUUCUGAAAUAUAUGCUUUGAAGAAACAAUACAAUUGUUUGGAAUCAGGAGAAAUAUGCAUCAAACAGAGAUAGGGUGAAUAAGAGAUUGCAUAGUAAAAUUAUUAUCUAAUUUUAAAGUAUGAUAUCAAGGAACCUGUUUAAAUUCUUUUUUUUUUCGUCUAAGUUCCAAAAACUUGUAUUGCUUUUCCUAGUUUUUGUUUACGCACUUAUUUUAACGAAUUCUAGUAUCAAAACAAUUGUAUUGCAUGCUGUUUAGUCGUGUUUAAAAUAAAUAAAAUUCAUCUAAAAAUCAUAUCAUGCAAAUAUUUUUUUUUGUUACUUUAUAAAUUAUUCAUAUAUGUUCAUCCAGAUAACAGUGCAAUUACUUCUGAAAAAAAAUUGUAACCCAAAUUUAUAUAUCCUAAAAAUAAUGGAAUACUUUUGAAGUCCAUUAGCAAAAGUGUUUAUCAUUAUGUAAAAUUGAUAUUGACAAGACAAAAAAAAAACCCCUCAGUAUUAUUAUACAUCGUUAUUAAAUUCAGGAAUAAUAUCAUUAAAUAUUAAAAUAAAAAUUGUAUUUCCAAUUAAAUAAAUCUGUUUAAAAAUUUAUUUUAUUGAAAUGACUUUUGCUCCAACGGUUUAAGAACAAGAUUUUUCUAAUGUCGGCAAAACUUUGGAAAACAUUUUUAUUUUUCGUUUCUUUUCUUUAUUAUUUAUAAUUCAAAAUUUUAAAGAGAAGGAAAUCUAUCAUAACUUUCACCAAAUAAUUCGUAGAAUUAGGAGACUGCGGUUGUCUAAUUGCAUUAUAUUUUGGAAAAUAUUUUUAAAAUAUAUUUGAAAAUUCUAAAUUCGCUGCAACAAAAUGGUUAAAAAUAUAACAAAUAAAUCGUUUUAAAUUAGUGAAAAUCCUAUUUUUCUCAGUUGCCAACAUUUUACUCAAAAAAAGUAAACUUAUUACAGCUCGAAAUUGCCAUUGUUUUAUAAUUUCUGAAGUAGUUGUUCACAUUUGAAAGUGUUUAGCAAUUAAAAAAUCUUCAAAUUUUCAAACAUAUUGAAUUUAUAAAGAAAUAUGCAUCAAAUAGAAGAAAUUAAAGAUAAAAAUUAAAGAAAAAAAUAUACAUUCAUUUUAAAUCUUCCCAAAAUUCAAAAGUAUAAUUUCUAUACCUGUAUUAUUAAUGUUUUUAGUGUUAUGAAAUAUGCCUAUAGAUUAUAUCAUAUUAGGACAGUAAUAUAAAAGUUUUUCACCUUUAGAUUUCAGUCGUUUCCAAUCAGAUUAUAUUGUUGAUAUUUAAAUCAAACAGAAAAAAAUAAUAAAAUUUGAAAAUAAUAACACAAAAUUCAAGAAAUAUUUACAUUCCUAUGAUGGCAGCUAUGUUAAACUAUUUUCAUUCACAAUGUAUAAUAUAAAAGACAGUAAGUUAUUAUUUCCUGAACAAGUAAAAUUCGUUGAAAUAAGUGCGUAAGUGUCAAAAAGUUUGUGUUGCUAAAAGCAAAUUGUAUAUACAUAUAUAUAUUUUAAAAAAUGUAUUUGUUUUGUUUUAGUUAUUAAAUCACAGCUUAAUAAUUUUUAGUAAGAAUAAUUAUAUUAAUAUAAAUGAUGCAUUAAAGUAUUCAUAUUUUCAAAUUAUAAUUUCAAAAAAAAUUUCGUAGAAGAUUAUCUAUAAAUAUUUAUUUGUGAAUAUUUUUUAUAUUACUUAGAAUUUCUUAUUUAAAUUAAGAUGUUUUACUGAUACAUAUUUAUAGUAAAAAGUAUUGUUUGUUACUUUCAUUCAUAUAUUUAAUAAAAUAUUCUUAUAUGUGACAGUCAUAACGACAAAAAUGUAAAUUUCUACUUGAGAUAUUUUUGAUAAUCUUUUAAAGAUGCCAAUUCAUAAUUUCAUUAAUAAAUAAUUUAUUAAAUUUAUGAAUUAAUAUGAAUGAACUAAGUGUUAAAUUUAUUAUGAAUUCCUCUUGUACUUUUUAUAUAAUUAUUUCCUUUCUUUUGUAAAUAUUCAAUUGUUUUUCAUAUUAGUUAAAUCUCUUUACAGCCAGUUAAACUUUUGACUUCCAGUUAAUUUUUUUAUUGAACUUUGCAAAGUAUAAGUUUAGCCAAAUUUUAAAAUUCAUUUAUAUUUUGUUUGAAUUUUAUACAUUUAUUUUAAGCAAGUAUUCACUGAUCGAUUAAUUUUAGUGAAGUUUUAAAGAACUGUUAUCUAUACAAUUUCAAAAGUUUCCAUUACACAUAAUUCGCACAUAAUUAAUACAUUUUUAAGCUUAAAGGAAGUAAUAACAUUCUACGUCAAAGCAAAUCACAUAAAAAUAAUAGAUUUUAUUCAUACUUUGCUUCUUAAUUAAAAGAAAUUUGUUAAUUUUUCUUUUCCUGAUUUGAGGAAAUUUUUUCUUGCAAAAAUACCUGUACAAAACGGAGUAGGAAAAAUUUCUAAGGAAGUUAGUUGAUUAGAAGAAAAAUAUAAAAAUGAGAUUUUAGGUUUGACAACAUUUUAUUAUCUAAUUUUCAAUAAUUAAAAAAAUAUCUUUUAUAGUAAUUAUAUAAUUCUGAUUGUACUUUAUAAAUUUUGGGUUUUAAUGCUAGUAAUAAUUUAUUUAUUAUAUAUAUAAAAGUUCGAUUAAAUAAUUCCUUAAAAUAUAUAAGGUUUACAUGCAGAUUUUUAUAAUAUAUUACUUAUUUAAAAAAUAAAAAAUGAUGCCUGUUGGCAAAAUUAUGAAUUAUAAAAUUAUAACUAUUAAAAAGAAAUUAUAACUUUUAGAUUAGAAGAGAAUGCAAAAUUUAAACAUAAAUUUUUUCUUCCUUGGAUUUUUUUGUAAAGAAAUUUUGUCUGGAUGGAAUUUAUUCUUGUGUUUUAAUUCAUUUUUACAGUUUGAAUUUCAAAGCAAAUGUAAGUAAAUAAAUACAUAUAAAUAAACAUAAAUCAAACAUUUUCAUAUGAACUUUUCUAGUAAUUUUCAUUAACCUUUUUUGCAUAAAAUUUGAAAAGGAAAAUCCUGAAAUAUUACAUAUUAGCCCAAGACAUUAAUGUUCUGUAAUUUCAUCAAAUUUUAAGAAAAAGAUUACCCAGGAAAAAUUUACAUAAUUCUGAUUUUUAUUUUUUAUAUCCUAAAUUUUUCUAACAUGGGAUUUUUUUUUUUAUCUUUGGGUAAAUAUAAGUAUAAAUAAUUAAAAUGCGAAUGAUGAAAAAAAAUUACUUUUAAGAAGAAUCUUGCACGCUAAUGAAAUAAAAUAUUUUUCUUUUUCUUUACUACAUUUUCUAAAUAAAUAUUUACAAUUUAUUUUUGAAAAUGAAAUAUAAUAAUUUUUAAUCAUAUUUAUUUUUGAGAAAUAAAUUAAAUAUUUUCUUAAUUAUAAUUGUUUUACUGUGCCGACCUAAUGAAUAUUAAGGUUUGGUCUGUAUUGCAUCCAGUGAAUGCCUUUAAUUAUAUACUAUUUGUGAUAAUACAGAAGAAUGU